AGAACAGUAAGGUUUGUGUCUGCUGGAAAUCCACAUAGAACACAAUCACUCGGUGAGCGAUUACACACGUCUGAAAGAACAGUAAGGUUUGUGUCUGCUGGAAAUCCACAUAGAACACAAUCACUCGGUGAGCGAUUACACACGUCUGAGAGAACAGUAAGUGUUGUGUCUGCUGGAAAUCCACAUAGAACACAAUCACUCGGUGAGCGAUUACACACGUCUGAAAACAUGGCGACUUUAGUGGAGGCAACAUCCUCGCAGCAGUUUGAGGACUUGCUAUCAAAGGCUGGCAAGUUCUUGACGGUGGUCCACUUCCAGGCAGCAUGGGCCCCUCAGUGCAGUCAGAUGAACGAUGUGAUGGGAGAGCUGGCAAAGGAGAACAAACACACCAUGUUUGUCAAGCUGGAGGCAGAAGCAGUGCCAGAGGUAUCAGAGAAAUAUGAGAUUACCUCAGUCCCUACCUUCCUCUUCUUUAAGGGUGGCCAGAAGAUUGACAGGCUGGACGGAGCUCAUGCCCCAGAGCUGACCAAUAAGGUCCAGAGGCUGUCGGUCAGCUCGGGGGGGCUGGGCGGGCCAGGGGCGGAGCCCCCUAAAGAGGACCUUAAUGAGCGUCUGAAGAGACUGAUCAACGCAGCACCCUGCAUGCUCUUCAUGAAGGGCUCCCCCCAGGAACCCCGCUGCGGUUUCAGCCGUCAGAUAGUGGCGCUUUUCAAGGACCAUGCUAUCCAGUUCAGCAGUUUUGACAUCCUGUCAGACGAGGAAGUGAGAGGGGGGCUGAAGACCUUCUCCAACUGGCCCACCUACCCUCAGGUUUACGUUAACGGAGAACUCGUAGGGGGACUGGACAUUGUCAAGGAACUAGCUGAAUCUGGAGAGCUGGAGAAUACCUGUCCCAAGGCCGUCACACUGGAGCACAGGUUGAAGUCGACCAUCAACAGGAGUCCAGUCAUGCUGUUCAUGAAGGGCAAUAAAGAGCAAGCCAAAUGUGGAUUCAGUCUUCAGAUACUGGAGAUAAUGAACAGCUCAGGGGUGGAAUAUAGCACCUUUGAUAUGAUGGUUAAUAUCUUCCCUGUGUUUCCUGUUUGCAGGGUGGAAUAUAGCACCUUUGAUAUCCUGGAAGAUGAGGAGGUUAGACAGGGUCUAAAGACGUACUCAAACUGGCCAACGUACCCUCAGCUAUACGUCAAUGGGGAACUCAUUGGCGGGCUGGACAUUGUGAAGGAGCUUAAAGACAGUGGAGACCUUUCUUCUGUCCUGAGGGGUGAAUGCUAGGUUCCUGUAGUACUGUGAUGGGAAUGAGCUAUGGACUACUGCACUCUUCCUUCCCCUCUCUACCCUCUUCUUCCCCUCUCUACCAUCCUCUUCCCCUCUCUACCCUCCUCUUCCCCUCUCUACCCUCCUCUUCCCCUCUC